CAAAGAGAUUAUUAAGGAAAAUGAAACGACAAGUCGGAAAAAGAUGGCAGUUUCUUUCUCUUUCUAACCUUCUUCUCUUCGCUUCACCAAGUGUAAAAAGCCUAUCCUUCCGGGGAUCUUUAUCGGUCUUCCCCGAGAAACUCGUUGUCUUUUCAUCCAUCGGCGGUGCUAACGGUUACGGGGCAUUGAAGAAGCUGAUAAUGAAACCUUGUGCUUGUUGGAAACUGAAGAAACUUUGAUAGAAGAGAAAUUAGAGUUUGGUUAUCAUGAAUAUGAGGCAGCGUCCUCAAGCGGCUGGUCGUGGUGGCUUUCCGAACCCGCCGCCGCCGGUGGAGCCAUACAACAUAAUCCCUAUCCAUGAUCUUCUCACUGACCAUCCUUCACUUCAGUUGCCGGAGGUACGCGCCGCCGCCGCCGCUUUACGCACUGUAGGGGAACUCAGGAGGCCUUCAUUUGUUCCAUGGAACCCUAAGUACGACCUAUUGGACUGGCUUGGACUAUUUUUUGGGUUUCAGAAUGAUAACGUUCGGAACCAACGGGAGCAUCUGGUUCUUCACCUUGCUAAUUCCCAAAUGCGGCUUCGUUCAUCUCCCGAACAGCCGGAUGUACUCGACCGCACGGUGCUUCGCAACUUUCGCAAGAAACUUCUUCGGAGUUACAGUUUGUGGUGCUCUUAUUUAGGCCGAAAGUCCAAUGUACGGUUCCCAAGUCGAGACCAGAGCGAGGAGCGACGAGAAUUGCUGUAUGUUUCACUUUACCUUUUAAUCUGGGGAGAGGCUGCUAAUCUUCGAUUUCUUCCUGAAUGUUUAAGUUACAUCUAUCAUUUCAUGGCUAUGGAACUUAACCAGAUUCUCGACGAUUACAUAGAUCCCGAUACGGGUCGGCCAUAUUCGCCAGCGAUUCAUGGAGAUUGUGCAUUUUUGAAGAGUGUAGUAAUGCCCAUUUACCAGACUAUUAAGAUUGAGGUGGAGAGUAGUCGAAAUGGUUCAGCACCACACUCGGCGUGGCGGAAUUACGACGAUAUCAAUGAAUAUUUCUGGAGUAGGAGGUGUUUCCGCAGUCUUGGGUGGCCAUUGAAUUUAAGUAGUAAUUUCUUUGCCACGACAGAUAAAAACAGGCGAGUGGGGAAGACAGGUUUUGUGGAGCAGAGGUCGUUUUGGAACAUAUUUAGGAGCUUUGACAAAAUUUGGGUGUUGUUAUUAUUGUUUUUACAAGCUUCUAUCAUUGUUGCUUGGCAGGGGCAUCAGUAUCCAUGGAUUGCUUUGAAGAGUAGGGAUGUGCAGGUGGAGUUGCUCACUGUAUUCAUCACUUGGAGCGGUAUGCGGUUCUUUCAGGCUGUGCUCGAUGCUGGAACUCAGUAUAGUUUGGUUUCGAGGGAAACCAUGUGGCUAGGAGUCAGAAUGCUGCUAAAGGGCUUGGCUGCCGUUGCUUGGAUUAUAGUUUUUUCAGUGUUUUAUGCGCGUAUUUGGAAUCAGAAGAAUUCAGAUGGCUUUUGGUCAGAUGAGGCAAAUGCGAAGAUUUUUAUUUUUCUUCGGGCAGUCUUUGCUUUUGUCAUUCCUGAGCUGCUGGCUUUGAUAUUCUUUGUUCUUCCAUGGAUUCGGAAUGGACUCGAGGGAUUAGAUUGGAAAGUGAUGUAUUUAUUUACAUGGUGGUUUCAUACUCGAAUUUUUGUUGGGCGUGGCUUGCGUGAAGGGCUUAUAGACAAUAUCAAGUACACGAUCUUCUGGGUAGCAGUAUUGGCCUCCAAGUUUUCUUUUAGUUACUUCUUUCAGAUUCAGCCCCUUGUUGGUCCAACCAAGGGACUUUUGAACCUCAAGGGUCCAUAUAAAUGGCAUGAAUUUUUUGGUAGCACUAAUAUUGUAGCUGUUGUGUUGUUAUGGACUCCCGUUGUCCUAAUAUAUCUUAUGGAUUUGCAGAUAUGGUAUUCUAUCUUCUCAUCGUUUGUUGGUGCUAUAGUUGGGUUGUUUUUGCAUCUGGGUGAGAUUCGGAAUAUUGGUCAGUUAAGGCUUAGAUUUCAGUUCUUUGCUAGUGCAAUGCAGUUUAAUCUCAUGCCAGAGGUACAGCAGCUCACCCCUAAACUGACACGUCUGAAGAAAAUUCGUGAUGCCAUCCAUCGAUUGAAACUGCGGUAUGGACUUGGCUUAUCUUACAAAAAGAUUGAAUCGAGUAGGAUAGAUACCACCAAGUUUGCUUUGAUUUGGAAUGAGAUUCUCAUUACUAUGAGGGAAGAAGAUCUCAUCAGCGAUAGAGAUUUCGAUCUCUUGGAGCUUCCACCCAAUUACUGGAGUAUUAGGGUAAUUCGUUGGCCAUGUGUCCUCCUAUGCAACGAGCUGCUCCUUGCUCUAAGUCAGGCAACAGAGCUUGCAAAUAAACCUGACGAGGAUCUUUGGUUAAAGAUAUGCAAGAAUGAGUAUCAGAGAUGUGCUGUAAUUGAAGCAUAUGAUAGUGUGAAAGCCUUGCUUUUGAGUAUUGUUAAAUAUGGUUCAGAAGAAAACUCAAUUGUUGUUAAAAUUUUUAUCGACUUAGAUAAUGCUAUUGGACUGGGGAAGUUCAUGGAGGCUUACAACCCAAAUGUGCUACCAGAAAUUCACGCCAAGUUAAUUUCACUUGUUGAGCUUCUAAUUGGAACUAAGAAAGAUUUGAGUAAGGCAGUUGAUAUAUUACAGGCCUUGUACGAACUUUCUAUUAGAGAGUUCCCAAGAUCAAAAAAAUCCACCAAGCAGUUGAGAGAAGAAGGAUUGGUGCCUCGGAAUCCAGCCACUUACGAAGAAUUCCUCUUUGAGAAUGCAGUUGUGUUUCCUAGUGUAGAGGACAAGUUUUUUAAUAGGAAUGUCCAGCGUCUGCAUACAAUCCUUACAUCUAGAGACUCAAUGCAUAACGUCCCUUCUAAUCUUGAGGCUAGAAGACGAAUAGCUUUCUUUAGCAAUUCACUUUUUAUGAACAUGCCCCGUGCUCCAUAUGUAGAAAAAAUGAUGCCUUUCAGCGUUCUGACCCCUUACUACGAUGAAGAAGUUGUGUAUGGCAAAGAAAUGUUGAGAAGUGAGAAUGAGGAUGGUGUUUCAACUUUGUUCUAUCUGCAGAGAAUCUAUGAAGAUGAGUGGAGGAAUUUUAUGGAGCGAAUGCGUAAAGAGGGCUUGGAGCAUGAGGAUGACAUAUGGACGAAAAAGUCAAGAGACCUUCGUCUUUGGGCAUCAUAUAGGGGUCAGACAUUGUCUCGAACUGUCAGGGGAAUGAUGUAUUAUCAUAGGGCACUAAAAAUGUUCUCAUUUCUAGAUACUGCAUCUGAGAUGGACAUCAGAAUGGGAUCGCAAGAGAUUGCUUCACAUGGUUCAAUUACCCGAAAGCAUGCCUCGGAUGGUUUACAUUCAACACAACCUGCUUCCAGGGAUUUGAAUAGAGCAUCUACUGGAGAAUGGUUACAUAGAAGAUCUGAAUACGGGACUGCCCUUAUGAAAUUCACCUAUGUGGUUACCUGCCAAGUUUACGGACUACAGAAAGCAAAAAGAGACCCUCGUGCAGAGGAGAUCCUAAAUUUAAUGAAGGAUAAUGAAUCCCUUAGAGUCGCCUAUGUUGAUGAAGUUCAUCAUGGGAGGGAUGAGGUUGAAUUUUACUCUGUUCUUGUUAAGUAUGAUCAAGAGCUACAGAAGGAGGUUGUGAUCUAUCGAAUUAAGUUACCUGGUCCUUUAAAGAUUGGAGAAGGGAAACCUGAAAACCAGAAUCAUGCAAUUAUCUUUACACGAGGCGAUGCUAUUCAGACCAUUGACAUGAACCAAGAUAAUUAUUUUGAGGAGGCACUCAAGAUGCGCAAUUUAUUGGAAGAAUUCAACAAGUCUUAUGGUAUUAGGAAGCCGACCAUCUUAGGUGUUCGUGAGAAUGUCUUCACCGGUUCAGUGUCCUCUCUUGCUUGGUUCAUGUCUGCACAAGAGACCAGCUUUGUGACCCUAGCACAAAGAGUUCUGGCAAACCCUUUAAAGGUUAGAAUGCAUUAUGGUCACCCUGAUGUAUUUGACAGAUUUUGGUUUUUGACUCGUGGUGGAAUCAGCAAGGCUUCCAAGGUGAUCAAUAUUAGCGAGGAUAUAUUUGCUGGCUUCAAUUGCACACUUAGAGGGGGCAAUGUGACACACCAUGAAUAUAUACAGGUGGGGAAAGGAAGAGAUGUUGGCUUUAAUCAAAUCUCUAUGUUUGAGGCCAAGGUGGCCAGUGGCAAUGGUGAGCAGGUUUUGAGCAGGGAUAUUUACCGGCUGGGUCAUAGAUUGGACUUCUUUCGUGUGCUUUCUGUUUUCUACACAACUGUCGGGUACUAUUUCAACACAAUGCUUGUAGUAUUGUCUGUGUAUACGUUUUUAUGGGGACGACUUUAUCUUGCACUUAGUGGGGUUGAGGAUGCAGCAAUAGCAUCAAGUACUGGAAACAAUAGGGCCCUUGGAGCAAUAUUGAAUCAGCAGUUUAUAAUCCAACUUGGUCUUUUCACUGCAUUACCAAUGAUUGUGGAGAACAGCCUAGAGCACGGGUUCCUUCCAGCAAUUUGGAACUUCUUGACAAUGCAGUUGCAGCUAGCUUCAUUUUUUUACACUUUCUCUUUGGGAACUCGUACCCAUUUCUUUGGACGCACUAUUCUUCAUGGUGGAGCUAAGUACCGAGCAACAGGACGAGGGUUUGUGGUGCAGCACAAGAGUUUUGCUGAAAACUACAGACUAUAUGCUCGAAGUCACUUUGUGAAGGCAAUUGAGCUUGGGGUUAUUUUAAUAGUGUAUGCUUCCCGGAGUCCUCUGGCUACAAGUACUUUUACUUUUGUCAUUUUGUCAAUCUCUAGCUGGUUUCUCAUUGUUUCGUGGAUAAUGGCCCCCUUCAUAUUUAAUCCUUCUGGAUUUGAUUGGUUGAAAACAGUAUACGACUUUGAUGAUUUUAUUAAUUGGUUAUGGAGUGCUGGUGGAGUGUUCACUAAAGCAGAACAGAGCUGGGAAGCAUGGUGGCUUGAGGAGAACAGCCAUCUGAGAUCAACAGGUCUAUGGGGAAAACUUCUAGAGAUCAUUUUGGAUCUUCGUUUCUUCUUCUUCCAGUAUGCCAUUGUAUAUCACCUUAAUAUUACCGGCAACAACACCAGUAUAGCUGUAUAUUUUAUUUCCUGGGUAUCCAUGAUUGCACUUGUUGGGAUUUAUAUUGUUAUUGCAUAUGCUCAGGACAAGUAUGCUGCGAAGGAGCAUAUCUAUUAUCGACUGGUUCAAUUAAUAGUCAUAGUGAUUACAGUACUCGUGAUUGUUAUAUUGAUGGAGUUUACACCGUUUAAUGUGGGCGAUCUUGUUACCUGUCUCUUGGCAUUCAUUCCUACUGGCUGGGGCAUAAUAUCAAUAGCGCAGGUGCUUAGACCUUUUUUGCAAACCACCGUCGUAUGGGAUACAGUCGUUUCGUUGGCCCGGUUGUAUGAUCUAUUGUUUGGAAUGAUUGUCAUGGCCCCUUUGGCACUGCUCUCAUGGUUGCCUGGUUUUCAGUCAAUGCAAACAAGAAUCUUAUUCAAUGAAGCCUUCAGCCGAGGCCUCCAGAUAUCUCGUAUCAUUGCUGGCAAAAAGACUGUAUGAGAUGUGAAUUCAGAUCUUCUAGCUUUUAUCGUCGAUGCAUUUCUGGGAACCAUGAGAUUCACACCUCAGCUACUUCACAAGAAAGGACUCGGGAAUUCCGCAUUCAAGAUUUGUACAUACUGUUCAUAUUUAAUGUAGUAGACCACGAAUUAUAUCAUUGUUGAUCACCAAACCAUAUCGAGGGCAUCCUGACUAAAUUUUCAGUCCUCAACUUGGUAACUGUAUUGUUUAUUGAAAACUAAUUUUGAUAGAACUUCCCUCUAUCUGUACACGCUGACAUACUUCAUUAUUUUUGUAUUCUGUUGUAUGACUUUUGAGUUUUGACUACUAUGAUGUUCAAGAUUCAGUAAAUUGAGUAAUUGAAAUAA